AUGCAAUUCAAGUUUACAAACGCCAAUUUUCCGAAAACCGCUGACGGACGUGUUUAUCAUGUUGGGGUUAAACAUGGUGAAGUCGCUAAUCGAAUAAUAACAGUCGGUGAUCCUUCUCGUGCUCGUACUAUCGCAAAAUUAUUAGACGACAAUUCACCAAUAGUAACAAUUGAAUCAGAUCGUGGAUUCUUUAUUAAAACCGGUCGUUAUCACGGUGUACCGAUUAGCAUUGUUUCCAUCGGAAUGGGAUUAGCGAUGAUGGACUUCUUUGUACGUGAAGUUCGUGCUGUAGUUGAUGGCCCAUUAAUAAUUAUUCGUUUUGGAUCGUGUGGUUCAAUUGGUCCCGCAACAAUCGGAUCGAUGAUGGUACCGCACGGUGCUUUUGCCGUAUUAAGAAAUUAUGAUUAUUUCGCGGAUGACGCGGAACCAAACUCCAAACCCUACAAUUUUACUAAAUUAUUUUAUGCGGAUCCAGACUUGUGUUCAAAGUUACAAAAAGAGUUAUUACGACAUUUACCACAGUCUGAAUUGCAUACCGGUCUAAAUGCUUCUUGUGAUAGUUUCUACUCGUCACAAGGGCGUCUAGAUAACAAUUUUUGUGACGCAAAUCAUAAUCUUAUUGAACAAAUACUCGUCAAAUAUCCCGACGCACGAUCAUUAGAAAUGGAAACUUUUAUGUUAUUUCACAUGGCAAAAGUUUCUACACCUUUACCUAUUAAAGAAUCACAAGCAAAUAAGAAAAGCAUUCGAGUCGCGGCAAUGAUGAUGGUUUUUAUGGAUCGAAAGACUAAUGAAUUUGUGGAUCCAGUGCGUGUCUCUUAUCUUGAAGAGAUUGCUGGAAAAGCGUUAUUGAACGUGUUGUCAAACGUUGAAUUAGAUUAUGAAGAGAAUGGAAGCGAUUAA